AUGGUCUACUGUGGACCGCCUAGUCGUGGGUGCGAAACCUGCCGAAAAAGGAAAAUCCGCUGUGACCAAGUGCCGCUGCCGGACGGCUGCACGCAAUGCUCCAAAGCCAGACGUCAGUGUCCGGGCUACCGCGACCUGCAGCAGGUGCUGUUCCGCAAUGAGAGCGCCAAGGUCGAGAGGCGGGUCCAGCGCAGCUCUCAAGCAAAGAAAAAGCAUGAUGCUCGCCAGCAGCCCACUCCGCCCGCCUCUGCUUCUUCGUCUUCUACUUCACCCGUCGUAAUCGAUAGCUCUCCUGAAAAUGGGCCUGUCGAAGAGAUCGGCAGCAACAGUAGCAGCAACCUUGUGAUUCGGCGGCCCUGUUGGACAGGGAACGCGGGUCCGUCCAGAUUAAACGGCCCCAGUUCAUUCCUCGUCGACGACAGCGGGCCGAACCCAAACUUUUACGCCCUGCUCCCGUCGGCAGAUGAUCGGGCCGCCGGCUUCUUUUUCUCCAACUUCUGCAACUAUGUCGUCUUUUCCGGCGAUGGCGGCGGCUCACUGGCCCAGACCGGCCUGCGCGCAGACCUGUGGCAGAGCUCCAUCGAUCCCCAUCUCUUCACCAGCAUGAAGGCUGUCGGCCUGAUUGGCCUGUACCGCCACAGCCACAACCCGGAGUUCGAGAAGCUGGCAUGGCGCCGGUACCUUGACGCCAUCCGCGUGACCAACGAGGCCCUACGCAACCCGGCCGUAGCGACCAAGGAUAGCUCUUUGUUGGCUGUAAUCAUCCUGGGUCUGUUUGAGAGCAUCAGCGGGCGCACGCGGCAGUCGCUGGAGGCGUGGGAGAACCACGUCAACGGCGCCGCCGCCCUGAUCAGCUUGCGCGGCCGACGCCAGCUCGAGACGGCCGUUGGUCGCCGCAUGCUGAUGCAGAUCACAUCGAGCCUGCUCAUCAGCUGCUUGCAGCGCGAUGUGCCUUUUCCAGAGCCCAUCAAGGAGAUCAUGCUUGACACCACUACCGAUAAUUUCAUCGACCCAACGAACCCGCUAUACCUGUUGCGCAAGAUCAUGGUGUCCGUGGCUGACUUCCGUGCUCAAUGGCGCCAGGGCGUAGUGUGGGAUUGCCGGGCCAUCGUAAAGCGAUCGCGAGAGUUGGAUAACGAGAUGACCACCCUCAUCUCAACACUGCCAAAGUCAUGGCUGUACAGCGUCGUGCAUACGUCUGACGAUCCGGAAAUCGUUGUCAACGGCUACUACCACAUCUACCCUUCAUUCUGGCAAGCCCAAGUUUGGAAUAGCAUGCGCACCUGCCGGCUGCUGCUACUAAGCAUGACGCGUAGGGCGCUGCUCGCUGGCUUUGCCCGAACGCCGCCUAUUUUCGACCAGCCGCAGGACAUGCAGGCCUUCGCCGAAUGCACCGCGACGCUUUACCAGCUCCAAGCCGAGGUCCAGGCCAGCGUGCCCCAGCACAUUGGAUACCUGUCCGCUGUACGCCAGCGCGCACGGUACAGCGGCACCUACCCUUCUUCGCCUGUGACCAUCCAUGCCGACAACUCCUCCCCCUCCUCCUCAUCCUCAGCUUCAUCCUCGUCCUCACCCCCCUCUUCCUCAUCUUCACCCACCUCCUCCGCAAGCUCGGACGCCCCCUUCACCCGCAAAACAAUGAUCACCCGCCUCGGUCUCCUCGCCUUCCCGUGGGCCGACUUCGCCUCGUCCCCCACCGACGAUCCGGACGACUGGGAGCUCACGUCGACGCACCUGCCCCUCGUGCGCAGCUACGGCUCGUCCGUGCUGCUGUGGACGCUGUUCCUCGUCGGCAAUCAGGAACUCACGACGCGCGCGACGCAGAAGUGGGCGGCUGAGACGUGCGCGCAUAUCGGCGAGGCGAUGGGCUUGAGGCAGGCGAAUGUGCUGGCUGAUAUUCUGAAGGAGAAGAUGGAGAUUGAGGCGAGGGAGGGGGUGGUCAGGGGCGAGGGGUGA